GGCGAAAACAACAAUUCGCCUACGGCCGCUGUUGCAGGAGCAGGUGAAUUUGGGACAACGCACAGCGAGGAUUUCUUCACUACGGAAGUGGAAAGCUCGAUGGGGGAGGAAGAACAAUCCGCGCCGGAGGAGGGAGCAAACCCAACAACCCUGCAGUCAAGGGAGACCAAUGGAGAUGGGGAUGCGCAGCCAGUACAAGAGAGCGUGGCGCCUCUGGCUGGAAGUGAGGGGUUGCUGCCCAAACAAAGCGAGGCCCCUGUUCCAGAAAAUAACCACUCCGAAUCCGGGAGCGGCGCGAGCCAAGAGGACCGCCUUGCCCUGCUCAACGACCGCGAAAUUGAUGCUGCAUGAUUGGAAUGUCGACAGCACUGCGCGUGUGUGCGUGUCUCGGGUGUCGAUGCUUCUUCUUCUGGGACUGUGUGGAGCUGUGGCAGUCUUGUGA